UUUGUGGCUCAUCCUCACUGUCAACAUAUUCUUACAACACUGUGGUAUGACCAAUUACCCGGCUGGCGGAAAAAUCAUCCGAUCUGCAAACUCCUGCUCUGCAUUGGAUUCGUUCUUGCUCUACCUUUCCUGGCCAUAGUUUACUUAGCGUACCCUCGAGGCUCUGUGGCCCGCAUUCUUCGCUCACCGCUCAUUAAAUUUGUCAAUCAUAGCGCGUCAAUCGCCAUCUUUCUUAUCCUACUUCUAAUUGCUUCAACAGGCGGACAGUCCAUAAAAGCUCUCGAGUCAAGGCAGAUGACGCGUGGGCCGGAUCCCAAUAGAAUUGAAUUGCUCAUCGCUUGGUGGGUCUUUGGUAAGUCUUGGCGAAACAUUGAUCUUUUUCUUUUUUCUAAUCCAUUAUUAGUUGCAAAAAACCGGUGGUUACCUUAG